UGCACUACGAACGAUUAUUGUUCAAAUUGGUGAAAUCAAUAAGUCCUUUAAUGGAUCUCUCAACACAUACAUUAAUGGAGGAGUUUUUCAACAGAAACGCUUUUCGGAAAAUUCUCAACCUCUUUACAAACAAGGACCUCAGGAAUGCUGCUUUGGCGCUAUCGACAAUGAGAAGUGAAACCAGAGACUUGUACAUUUUCCUGACGACAUCAAUAUCAUCAAUAUUGGACGAGUGGUUCGAGUCAGAGCCCCUCAAGGCGACUCUAGCCACUGAUGCGCUCAUUGGUACAAUGGCUGAUUGCAAUUCCUUAUGCACGGGUUACGGUCUGCUUCACCACAUGAUGGGUAACAUUGAUGGACGUCUAGGAGCAUGGGCCUAUCCUGAGGGAGGAAUGGGUGCAGUCACUCAAUCUAUUGCCAAAUCAGCAAUUUCCAGUGGAGCUGAAAUUUAUGUCAAUAAGUGCGUGAAAAGCAUAGUACUGGAUGGCAGCAAACAUGUUAAUCUGUUGAGACCAGCGAUGGACUCGAAAUCGAGACCAAGCUGUUGCUUUCCAAUGCGACUCCUCUG